GAGAGGGAGGGAGAGAUCUGCUGUGAAAUAGAGUGUGCGCUAUUUUCUGUUCUCUGCAGAGGAGACCUUGGAGCAGAGUGGCGAAAAGGAGGAUGGAGAAAGCUCUGACUCCAAAGAAACCAGUAGCACUCGUAAGCCUGCACUGAAGAGGAAGAGGAGUGAGGAAGGGGAGGACUCUGUGGAGGUCCGGCCCGAGGAGGCGGAGGGGAAGGACGAUGGAGCGAAGAGGAGGAUGGGUCUCCCACAGGACGACAGCACCAGUCAGUCCGAUGGCCAGGAGGAUGUAAAGGAAGAGAGCUCCAAUGAUAAUGACGAGGACAGGAAUCAGCCUCAGAAGAACAAGGUCACACGGAGGGGAAGGCCUUCCAAAGGGGGCGGGGCCACAGGGGAGGAGUCAGGAAAGACAGCGUCUGAGAAGAAAGACCAGAAGUCCGAGGACACGGAGGAGGAGCCGGCGGAGGGAGAGGAGGGUGAGGAAGAGGAGGGGGAGGAGGCGACUGCGACGAGGGCCACAACGCGUUCCGCCGCACGUCUGGAGGCCGAGAGGAAUAAACCCAGUAAACCCUCUACUCGCGCCUUGAGUAAACUCAGUGGUAGAGAGGAGACCGCUACAAGCACACGUGGGGGGCGAGGGCAGGUGUCCCAGGCAGGGAAAGGGGGUCGGAAGCGCGAGCCCAGCCCCCCCGCACCACGCACCCGGGGGGCCCAGAAAUCAGAGGAGCCGCCGGCCAAGAGGGGCAAGCGCUGAGGUUGCACCGUGUGGGGGGGGGAGAGGACCCCACCCAGAACCCCAGAGGACCAAACCGUGGAGCAUGGCUUUCACGGGAUCCAUUCUUACUCUCCUAACUGUACCAGUGCUGUCAUAGGAACAGUGGGCCUUGAGUGUUUUUCUAUCGAUGGAAAAAUAUACAACAUUAACAUUUCGCGAGUACUUUCAAUUUGAACUGUGUAUUUAGACUUUUUAUUUUUUAUUCCAUACAAAUGUCAGAAUGUAAUCAGUAGUGAAGUGUUUGAGAAGUGUUUGGUUGGAUGUGUGAAGUUUAUUUGCUUGGUUCUGAUUGCGUCCACUCUUCAGGACGACUGUCUUUUAAUGAAGUUGUGUACAUUUUUUUUAUUUUUAUUAUUUUGUUUUUUUAUAUGGUAUGGCAUUACUAUGGAAACAGAACCUUGGUGACAGUGUUGAGUGAGAGUGAAUGAACUGCAGAUCCACCUCUGAUCCUUUGGGCCAUCAGAGGUACAGUACUUAUUCUGGAGUGAUGUAACAUCUGGGCCAAUCAGAGAGGAUUUAUUUCGACGUAUCCGUGCGUAGAUUUUCGGAGCCCUUUCUUACCGUUUUAUCAUGUGCUUAUGUUUACCGGCUCGUUCAAGCAAUACACAAAAUGUAAGAACCACUAUGGGGCAGGUUUCAGGUUGUAAACUCCUCCCAUUUGACUACCCAGAGUGCUUUUAUGUUUUGUAGUUUUUUUUGUUUUUUAAAAAAAUAUAAAUGCAGUUUCAUAUUUACCCUGAGGUUCCCAUGGGGACGUACUCAUUCUGUGAAUGUGAAGUAGCCGUAGGUCUUCCCAGGUGUCCGGUGUCUCUGUCGACGUUCCGAAGGUAGCGCUCGUUUUCCGUCUCCGCUCGUUAUCGCCGCUCUUUCCGAGUUCCCUUUUGCGACUGUACGCACAGCGGAGGGGACUCGGCGACGCCAGUGUUACAAACUGCAGUUUGUUUAGGUCAUUAAAUCUGUCUUUUCCUA